AUGUCUUCGUCUGGGUGGCGUCGCCCUCGAGGUGCUGCCAGACACGGAGAAAACCAGCUUCGAAACGCAUUUUCCGCUCUCGAUAUCCAGCGCACUGCAGACUCUGGAAGCGACAGCUCCGAUGACCAAAUUCGCCCUCGUGCUCUUCAUACAGCCAAGAGCUUCCCUCCACCUGGUUCUUUCGGCGAUGCCGAUGAUGAGUCUCAGUCUUUCUCUGGAUCGGGCCCUUCCAACUCGGAUGGCAUGGCCGGACGAGACAACGCUGGAACUGAUACUUCCACCACUCAGGAGAUCUCGAACCAGCAGCAGAUCCCUCAGCCCAUCAUCAACCCAGAGGUCAUCCAGGACGCCUCCGGUCAGGAAUGGGACGCUCAGUCCUGCUACCCUCCCGAAGCCUGUGUCUUCGUUGCAAACCUCAGUCAGAACUAUGAUGAUCUGACCCUCAUGUCCGCCGUUACCAAUGUCUUCAACCAGUACGGUACUGUCUUUGUCAAGAUCAAGCGCGACAAGCGUCAGAUGCCUUUCGGAUUCGCUCAGUACACUCAACCUGAGGAUGCUGAGAAGGCCCUUGCCAACCUCCGAGGCGUCGAGAUCCUCGGCCGACCCGUUCGCACUGAACGAUGCAACGCCAACUUGGUUUUCCUGGUCGUUCGUCGCAACAAGGGCCUGGUGUACCACCAAGAGGCUCGAGAUCUACUCUCUCCUUUUGGAGCCAUCGCCAAAAUCGAGGACCUGGACCCUGCCACACAGGAGCGCCUUGGUCUCUCCCCCGCGGUUCGUGUUCGUUUUGAAAAGUUUGAUCCCCGACGUGAUGUCAUCAAGGGUGUCGGUGACAACACGGCGUUUGUCAUUAUCAACUUUGAUUUCAAAGUUGCCCAGGAUCCCUCUGAGCGAGAUCCCACCGAUGUCACCUGUUUUCAUCAUAUCGAAAGGGAUAGCCGUUCCAUCUUCCUCGGUUCCCUCCCUGCUCAUACGAGCGAUUUCCUUGUCCGCGAGCUGGCUUCGGGGAGCGGAACAAUUGUCAAUGUUCAGGUGAAGCAAUCGGUGGACGGCAGUACGGGUAUGGCCACACACUAUGCCUUUGUUGAGUACGAUCAUCCCAAUGCCCCUGACCUGGCUAUCUCCAAGUUGAACGGCUACAGAAUUGGUGGCACUUCGCUUCGUUGUGAGCGUCGACGCUCCAAGGUCACUCCCACGGCUCUAGCUGCUUCCACUGGGCCCUAUGGUACAGUCCCCCCUAACCGACCUCACCGUCGAAACGCAUCGGCGUUCGCGACUGCUUUUGUGACACCUCGCAACGAGCCUGGCUCUCAGACACGUCGCUCCAAGGGACACCAGCGAUCCGCUUCUGUCUACAACGAUGUUCUUGCUGGUCCCAAGACCCUUGACUUCUCGAUGGGUGCCUGGCCGCCAAAGGACGAGUCUCCCUAUGAGCCUCAGUCUCAGCCCAAGACCCAGUCCUUCCGACGAUCAUCUUCUUACCGCCAGUCAUCUGCCUAUCAGCCCUCGUGUAUUGAGCUACAGAGCGGUCAGUCCCCUUACCAGGAAACAUCUUUCCGAAAGCCCAUCUACACUGGUUCCGAGUACCAGCAGAUGCAGUAUCAGAGACUGCAGACGUCGCCUCUCUACCAGGCACAGAGUCCUGAGAUUCUUCAACCUGAGCCUCUGAGAAUUCCUGCUCGCCGUCUUUUCGACCUUGAGGAGACUACCGCCAUGGGACCUCCUGCCAUCCCUGCCUAUGCUCCGCUGGCUUCUCCCAACAAUCUGAAGCCCUCAGUCCACUGGGCCCCUUCUCCAGCUGUGUCCUCUACCGGGUCAUCUGACUUUGAGAGCAACCGAAACCCCUACCUGUCCAACGCCCAUCGUGCUUCCACACUUGGCCCGUCGUUUGGUCAGCGCAUGGCUGGUCAUCGCUCUGGUGCUCGUCGCUCGGUCACCAACCUUUUCCCUUCUAUCGACGAUGCUGUCACUCGCGCCAAGUCGGCCCUGGAGGAGUCUGAGGAUGCAAAGAUCCAGAGCACUCUCGCCAAGUACAUCCAGGAUGCUAACAAAGAAAACAUUCACAAGGCCGCCGAGGAUGCGAAGCAGAAGGCCUCUGAGGACGCUACCCGCAAGGCUUUCAAGACCGCUGCUGAACUAGCCAUCGAGACUGCUGCUGCCAACGAAGAAGCGGCCUAG